UUGAACAAAAAAGAUUUUGGUUGCGCCGGAGACGUGUUUUUUUGCGAUAAAGCAAAAAAAGCGCCUAAAACAUGUAACGUUCUGGCGUUGCUUACCAAUGGCAACCAGCCCAUGGCAAUGGAUCGGGAAACGAUCGCCAUGGGAGCGACGUUCAUGCAUGGUGUUUUAGGCUCCGGGAUAAUCACCUCGGUCGAUGGCGUAACAUCACUUCUCAUCUCCCAAGCGACGCGGUCAGCUGGUACCACCGGUACGUGGAGCACUGCACAUCCUCGCCAUCACACACACACGCACACACACAGGCACACUAUCGAUCACACACUGCUGUACACUGAUAUCACACACACACAGCACUGGUGUAGCCCGCGGGACGAGCAGCGUGCUCUAUGA